CUGGGGAGUCUUCGCGAUGAUUGCAGGAAAUCUCGAGACAUAGACACCACCAAGGAAUUGGAAAUUAUUUUCAAAAUUCUCAUCUCGAAAGAGAACGAUGUUCCGCGGGCGAGGACAUUUUCGAUCAAGGGACACAACGUGGAGUUAUCCAAGACUUGCGGAGGAGUUGCCUUUGUGAGCUUCGAUGAGCUCUGUGAUCGGCCUCUUGGUGCCGUGGAUUACCUGCAUUUGAGCCAAAUAUUCCACACGGUUAUAUUGAAGGACGUUCCCGAGCUGAAUAUGCGGAAGAAGAGUCAGGCGAGACGGUUCAUUACGCUGAUCGAUAGCCUUUAUGACCACAGGGUGAGAAGAGAUAUG